CCGAAGCAUGUCCGAGAAAAGCCGAAGAUUGCCGAAACCUGGGAGAAGAAGCUUCGUUCGCUUUACAGUAGUCUUUUUCGGAGGAGGACCGGGAGUGCCUAAUUCGUGCCGGCAGGUGGCGCCAGCUAGCUAGCAGCGAAUGAUUUCCGUAUUUCGUGGCGUGGCAGCUGCAAUGUCAGGCAGGAAUUAAACAGAGAGAGUACAGCUUUAAAUAAACAUCUGGCAACUGCAGGCUACCCCACAUCUGGGCAGCGUUAGCUGAGUCUGGAAGCCGGUAAGAACAAGCCACUUGUUUUGAGAAAGUUAAAGAAGAGGACUCCUGUAUGGACUGAGAGAGACAGAGAACCAGAAGGCACAAUUGCACACCAAUUCACGGGCAAGGCAGCUUGAAUUCUCAGGCAGCUCUGCCUUCAUCUUUACCCUGCCAUCUGGAAUCUCCAUUCACAUGCUAAGAUGCCGCGAGGAGCAUCCCCCCUCUUGCUGCUUCUCUGGGCCAAAAUGGUCUCCUCCACAUGGUAUGAAGGAUCUGGCUACUCCGCUGCAGAAAGGCAAACCAACGAGGUGUAUGCUGAAGAAACCUCCCAUGUUCUUGCUCCAGAAUAUCGAGUUCCCCAGUGGUGUCACCUGUUGAGCAUUUAUCAUGGGGAGGCUACGUGCUAUUCUCCCCGUGGAGGUAAUUACCGCAGCAGCCUGGGGACGCGCUGCGAGCUUUCCUGCGACCGUGGAUACCGCUUGAUCGGCCAGAGGUCCGUACAGUGCCUGCUAAACCGUCGCUGGUCAGGACAUGCCUACUGCAGACAGAUUCGGUGCCCUACGCUGCCGGCAAUCUACCAUGGAUCGUACCAGUGUUCAGAUGGAGUCAAGGUCGAUUCUCACUGUGACUACACCUGCCGGCCUGGAUACCACCGGGAAGGCGAUCGCAGUCGUGUGUGCUUAGAAGAUGGACAUUGGAGUGGAAGCGAGCCAAUUUGUGUAGCAGACAUAGAGCCUCCGAAAAUCCAAUGUCCUGAGUCUCGAGAGCGAAUGGCAGAACCCAACAAGCUGACAGCCACUGUGUACUGGGAUCCACCUCGGGCAAAGGACUCUGCCGAUGGUGUCAUCAAACAGAUGACACUCCGGGGCCCAGAACCAGGAUCCGAGUUUUCUGAAGGAGAACACAUUAUCCGCUACACCGUCUAUGACCAGGCAUACAACCGAGCAAGCUGCAAGUUUUUUGUGCGCAUCCAAGUGAGUCGCUGUCCUGUUCUAAAACCACCAGAGCAUGGUUAUGUCAGCUGCACCUCAGCAGGGAACAACUACGGAGCUACCUGCGAGUACCACUGUGAUGGAGGCUAUGAACGCCAGGGUGCCCCCUUGAGGGUCUGUCAGUCCAGCCGCCAGUGGUCUGGCUCUCAGCCCACGUGCAUUCCCAUGCAGAUCAAUGUGGAUGUGAACUCUGCUGCCGGCCUUCUGGACCAGUUCUAUGAAAAGCGCCGGCUGCUCAUCAUCUCGGCUCCUGAUCCUUCUGACCGCUACUAUAAGAUGCAGAACAGCAUGCUGCAGCAAGCCACAUGUGGGCUGGACUUGCGCCACAUCACCGUCAUUGAGCUGGUGGGGCUGCCGCCUCACGAGGUGGGGAGGAUCCGUGAGCACCGACUCUCAGAGAACAUCAUUGAAGGGCUCAGGCAGUUCCUGCAUAUCACCCGCUCCCGCUUCAACGUCGUGUUGGUCGACAAAGAAGGCGUGGACCGUGAGCGCUACAUCCAGCCUCUGACACCGGACGAGCUCUUUUCCUUUGUGGAUACCUACCUGCUGAGCAACCACGAAGUGCUCCAGAGGGAACAGAACAGGGACACGUGCGAGUGAUAAUGGGCUGCUCCAUCCACAGGAGUCACAGUGGACACCUUUUGACCUCUAACAUGCCCUGCCUGCUAAGGGUCUUCCCUUUCAGCAUUGAACUGGAGGUGAAACAGAAGGGAGGAAAUUGCUGAAGUUGAACCAACAAGGACAGCAGAACCUGCAGCGCCCCGGGGCCACAGCCACAUUAAGAAAGGGGAAAUAAUCAUAACUAUUCCUGUAGGGAUUAACCAGGACGAUGUCUUUUAUUUUUUGCCUACCCUUUUCUAGACAAGAAGUACAUUCCACAGCG